CUAGAUCUCGUGAAUGCUAAAAACCUACCCCUCCAAAAUAAGACCCUCAAGACUUCCAUCUUCACUCUUGUAUUUCCCUUUCCAUCUUCACUUUUCUCAAGCAACCAGACAAUUUUCACCCCAGUGAUCCAAUCACAAACCCCAAACCCCAAUCGAUUCAUCCGGUGCAAAGUUCCAGAUUGUGUGAUGGAUCAUUCAUGGCGUCCUCAUCUUCCACCACCCCCAAUCCAAGGUAGAAUCUGUCCUACUUGCUCAAUCUCACACUUCCCUUUUUGCCCUGCACCACCCCCACCCCCACCCCCUUUCCCUUCAAAUCCUAGUUUCACCCAAUAUCCACCUUAUCCUCCUCAUCAAUCCCUCCCCCGCCCUCCGCUUCCACCCCAACCGGCGGCUUACGACCCCUUCGUCGAUCAUCGCGCUGGGCCCUCCAUGCCCCCUCAAGUUCAUCCGCGACCGUCCGAUGCAUAUGAAAAUACAAACCCUAGUUUUGAUUCCGGUAAUGUUGGAGUAAAGAGAAUGAGAAUCGAUGAUUCAACAGGUUCGUUUAUGAACGAAAACUUGACAAAUUUAGCUAGGGUUUCAACUGAUAACGAAAGGAGAUUGAAACUGAUUAGUGAGUUUGGUGCAGCGAAUCACGAAUUAGACAUGGGGCAUGGUAGCUUUGAUGGUGGAAAAUACGGAAAGUUUGAUGGAUUUUUAGGUGCUAAAACUAGCAAUAAUAGAAGUUGUAUUGAUCCAGGUUAUGGUAAUUUGGAUAGAAAACGAACAUUUCAUGAGCAAGAACAUUUUGGAAAAUUAGGAUAUGAUGAAGUUGACAAUUAUUUGCCACGAAAAAAUGGUUACAAAUACAGUAAUCCUCAAGCUGAUAGUUACCGCCACAAUGUAGAGCACGACCGACAGAUUAAACUGUAUCAUGGACAACAGACCCCCAUGGAUGGUCACGGUCAUAGCCUUAACCAUUAUUCGGAGGCUGCUUAUGCAAUGCAAAAUAGUCAUAUGGAGUCGAAAUUACUUCACUAUGGUUCGUCAUACGACCAAAGGGUUGUUAAUUCAGUGAAUGGCAGUGGCAUGAGCUUGUAUUCAGCACAACAGGGUUGUAAGGCAUUUGCUAGCCAGCCGCCCCUUCCAGCUUCUCCACCACCUCCUCUUCCAAUGGAGCCGCCUCGGCAUGAGCGGCUUGUUUUGUCUUCACCACCUGGAACAUCUGCCUCAUUUUUUCCAGUUUCUGUUGGUUCUUCAGCUCCUUUGUCAUCAACUUAUCCUCCACCUCCUGAAUAUAAUCAUUCCAUAUCAAGUUAUCAGUCCAAUCUACAUGUUUCCUCCGCAUCUGCAAAUGAGGAACUCCAUAUGCUCCGCUAUACGUCAUCAUCUAUGAGCUCCAGAGGAAGUGAACAAACUUUGCGUGACCUACCUUUGGAGAAGUCAAAAGUCAUUGAUGCUUCUCACAUACUAAGGCAUCCAUACCGUGCUACCCGCCCUGAUCAUCUUGUUAUAAUUCUUCGGGGGCUUCCAGGGAGUGGAAAGAGCUAUUUGGCAAAGAUGUUACGUGACCUUGAGAUUGAAAACUGUGGCACUGCGCCUCGCAUUCACUCAAUGGACGAUUACUUCAUGACUGAAGUUGAUAAGGUUGAAGAGAGUGAGAUUUCAAAAUCUUCUGGUUCUGUCAGAAGCAAAAAAAUCACAAAGAAGGUCAUGGAAUACUGCUAUGAACCUGAGAUGGAGGAGGCCUAUCGGUCCAGCAUGUUGAAGUCUUUUAAAAAGACCCUGGAUGAGGGGGCUUUCUCUUUCGUAAUUGUGGAUGACCGCAAUCUGCGGGUAGCUGAUUUUGCUCAGUUUUGGGCAACUGCAAAGAGAUCUGGUUAUGAAGUGUACUUGCUAGAGGCGACCUAUAAGGACCCAGCGGGAUGUGCAGCAAGGAAUGUACAUGGUUUUACGCGGGAUGACGUGCAAAAGAUGGCUGCCCAAUGGGAGGAAGCUCCAUCCAUGUACUUGAAACUUGAUACUAAGUCAUUACUUCAUGGAGAUGCUCUGGAGGAGGGUGGAAUCCAAGAGGUGGACAUGGACAUGGAAGAUGAUGACUCAUUGGGAAUGCCUUCUGCUUUAGAUGAAGAAAACAUUGAGAAGUUUAGUAUACCUCCCCAAGAGGAUAUUCUGGCUGAUGGCGAUUUAAAGGAUGAUCAGGAGUCGGACCAUGAAGUUGACCAAAUAGCUGAAGUAAAAGGAUUAGCAAAGAGUAAAUGGUCUUCUGAUUUGGAUGAAGAUGAUACUCGAAGAAAUGAAGACGCCACUAAAAACUUGAAUGCUCUCUCAGGGUUGAUACAAUCUUACAGCAAAGAAGGGAAAUCAGUACGUUGGGGUGACCAGGUGACCAAAAGAGGCUUUUCGAUAGGGGCAACAAAAGCUACCAAUGUAUCCUUAUUAAUUGGUCCUGGUGCAGGAUACAACUUGAAGUCUAACCCUUUGCCGGAAGAAGAGAAGUUGAUAUCAGCUAGAAAUAAUGGUGAACCAAAGAAGCAAAACAUAUUUCAAGAGAGACUACGAGCUGAGCGUGAGUCGUUUAGGGCUGUUUUCGAGUCUUUCAGAACAGGCUCUGACAAGAGGCGGCAUCGGAUAUCUGGGCUUAAUGCUGAAGGUGAAUAGUAUAUAAGAAGAUGGGUCUAAAAUCACAUGUUAGCAGUGCUGGAGAGGAAGAAACCUGCCAGCCUUGUGCGGAGGGCUAAAUUAUUUCUGUUAUAAUUUAGUAGUAAUUUGUUUUACUAGGAGAAAAAUGGGUAGUUGGUGGGCCUGGGCAAUAGCCAUGGGUGCAUUCUUGCCUCUGUACUAUGGAAACUUUUGGAAAUGAAGGGAGUUCAAUGGCAAAAGUGGUUCAUGCAAAGUAGCUAAAGAUGUCUUCUCUUCCUACUUGGGUUUCCACAUGUUUCAGCGCCAAUUUGCAGUUUCUCCUUGUGCUGCAGAACUAAGGAGUUGUUUGAGAUUUAAAUAAGCAAACAUUUACAUAUA